GGCUCGCUCCCCGGUGCCGAAUCUCGUUGCUGCUCGUAAGCUCCGAAAGGGCAACACCAGUCAUAAGUUGCAACGAAAAAUCCAAAAGGAAAGACAAAAAAAAGAAUAUCUCCUGAAUCUAAAUAGUGCUUCUAUUCAUCUAAAUGAUGUGGAAUACAACCAUGGAAUCCAACUACGAGUAUACAUCUCUGUAUGAUUUCUAUAAUGAACAUUAUGAUUCUUCUACAACACCUUGCACUAAAGGCGGCGUCAAGAAAUUUAGGUCACACUUUCUGCCCACACUUUACUCUCUGGUAUUCCUGCUUGGCCUGGCCGGGAACUCUCUAGUCAUUUUGGUCCUGUUCAAAUACAAGAGGCUGAAGAGCAUGACUGAUGUUUAUCUGCUCAACCUCGCAAUCUCAGAUUUGCUGUUUGUUUUCUCCCUUCCCUUCUGGUCUUAUUAUGCAGCCGAUCAGUGGGUUUUUGGGGAUGGGUUGUGUAAAAUCAUUUCUUGGAUCUAUUUGGUUGGGUUUUACAGUGGGAUAUUUUUUAUUAUGCUCAUGAGUAUCGACAGAUAUGUGGCAAUAGUUCAUGCUGUGCUUGCCUUGACAGCAAGAACGGUCACCUAUGGCAGCAUUACCAGCCUCAUUGUAUGGGUAGUGGCUAUUUUAGCCUCAGUUCCAGAGCUGAUAUUUAGCCAAUCUUCCCAGGAAAACAAUUAUACCAUCUGCAAAUCAGAGUACCCUGCUAACUCCAUAAACUGGAGGUUUCUCUCCUCUUUGCUGGUCAAUAUACUAGGGCUCCUCAUCCCUUCAGGGGUUAUGACUUUUUGCUAUUCAAUGAUAAUUAAAACGUUGCUGUACUGUAGAAGCGAGAAAAAGAAUAAGGCUGUGAAGAUGAUCUUUGCUGUCAUGAUUGUAUUUUUUGUUUUUUGGACCCCUUACAAUAUUGUGAUUUUCUUACGAUCGCUGGAAGACCUAGGUGUCCUUACAGAUUGUCAAACCAGCAAAAAUCUGGAUUAUGCAAUGCAAGUGACAGAAACACUGGCUUUUUUCCACUGUUGUCUCAAUCCCAUUAUCUAUUUCUUUAUGGGGGAAAAAUUUAAGAAGUACGUGAAGUUACUCUUCAAGAACUGGCCAGUACCCGGAAUGCUUUUUAAACGCUGUGGACUUCUCAACACUUACUACACCGAAUCUUCCAGUUCUUUCCACACGCAGUCUACAGGGGAUCAAAAUGCUCUGUAAAAAUAUUGCGGUGUUUACCACAGUUACAAGAAAAACUGACAAAUAUCAGAACAUGAAAAGGAAUCUCAUUUAAGCUGAACAGAGGUGCCCUUAAAAAUAACCCCGCACUUUAAAAAAAAAAAAGUACCAUAAGCUUUCAGUUCUCUCUCUGGAUUUUUUUUUGAAAGUAAUGAGAAGGGAAAAAAAGAGCGAAUGCGAGAGAGAGAAAGUGCUUGAGAGGUGAAACUUUGGCUAAGACUUUGGAAUUGCAAAAUUUAUUUAAUAUUAUUACAAAUCAGUGCCAACAAGUGGCAACAACAAAUACCUUUACAGUGCUAUGCUUUUGGUUUUUCAUCAGCACCAACAGUGAGCCCCACUAGGGGGAAAGGGACAGGGAGAUCAAUGGUCAUCGCAAAAUGUUUCAGAAAUCUUGGCAUAUUUGAGGAUUAUCAUAUCUAGUGACCUGGCUCGACCCAGUUAUUGGCAUAAGAUUUGUUAGAUCAGAGUCUUAAUAUAUAACAACUGUCUCUUCAGUAUGCUUUCUUACUGACUGUUUCUUAGAUAAUGCAUUUGUUGUGUCUAAAAAAACCGAAAGGUGUAUGUAAGAGUCUGCUGUGCAUCAGGACCUAAAUUGUACAUUGUUAUACUUAUAUGCAUACUUUUUUUAAUACACAUAUACAGGCAUUUUGAAUUAA